AUGGCUGCACAAAGCAAAUUGCUGGAUGGCGCCCUUAGGUGUAGCUGCCAUGCCUACGAGCAUCCCUGGACAUCAAGCUGUGUCAAUGCCGCAGCUGGCAUGAUACUCUCAUGUGUUCCCAGUGCUCUGCGCACCUAUGCAACAGUUUAUUUGCUGGCAUUAAUCGCACGCUUGCGCCUGCCAUCUGUUCAAGAUCUCAGACGCACGGUCCACAGCAUUCUACAGUCUAUGGCCUUCCUCGUAACGACUGCCUACGGCUUCAGUCUGUCCGUGUGCUGGUUGCGCAAGUUGCUGGGUCGUUUCUACUUCGGCACAGUUGCCUUUCUACCCACCUUUCUGACCAGCAUUGCGGCCAUCAUCAUUGAGCGACCAGCCCGCCGCAUUCCCCUCGCUCUCUAUGUGGCCAAUGUGGGUAGCGAAACGCUCUGGAAUAUGCUGGAAUCAAGAGGCCUGGUUCACUCCAUACCCAAUGGACACGUCAUCCUCUUGGGGCUGAGCACUAGUGCGCUUCUUUUUCUGAGUCGCUUGGGUCUACACAAGACUGUGUGCAAGGAUGCCACUUUCAAGGCACUGCAUAUAAUUCUAGGCAAGGAGGAGGAAGGUCCACUUAGAACGCCCGCCGUGACCAUCACCCAAAGCUCCAGACCUUUGAACUUUGGCACUAUUUUGGGAUAUGUACAGCUGUACGAGCGUGUGCGUAGUGCCAAGCAUCCGAGUUGUCCACAUAAGCAUAGCUGCUCCAGCUAUGCCUUGCGUGGCGGACUCAGACCCUUCAUUGGUGGUGUCGGCUUACAAGUAGCCCUAAAGCUCCUUCUAAACAGCAAGAAAAUAUUCAAGCUCCGUAUGGAGUGGCGCAAACAAAUAUUCAACAGGAAAUCGCUGAAUCUAGGACUGGCUCUAGGCAGCUUCUCACUGCUUUACAAGGCAAUUUCCUGCGCUCUGCGUCACAGCUUUGGUCACGAUAGUGCGGCUUUUGCCAUUCCCGCCGGCUUGAUCGGCUCCAUUGGACUGCUACAGUUCCCCAACACCACCGUUUCUUUAUAUGUAAUGUGGAAAGCUCUGCAACUGCUCUACAAUUGGGGCAUAUCGGAGGGCGUGCUGCCUGAAGUUCCACACUUUACUAUUUUCCUGUAUGCCUUAUUUACUUCCAUACUUUUCCAUGCUGCCAUUCUGGAGCCUCUCUCUCUACGACCCAGCUACUACAAGUUUCUGAUGAACGUGUCGGGAAACAGAAUAAGUCGCUUUGAUGUACGUCCGUUUGAGUCCUUUGGCCUGAAUAGCCAUGCACAGGUGAUGGAAACAAUAAGGAAACUGAAGAUAGACAUGACAUCGGCAAAUCCAAUGUUUCCAUUAACAACAUAG